AAAUUACCAAAACCAAAAAUCUCAUUACCAUCUCUUCUCUUCCAUCACCAAAAAUGGUUUUCUCCAAAACUUUCUCCGAAUCCGAUGUUUCCAUACACUCCACUUUCGCCUCUCGCUACGUUCGGGACUCCGCUCCUCGCUUCACCAUGCCCGAUAACUCCAUGCCCAAGGAAGCCGCCUUCCAAAUCAUCAACGACGAGCUCAUGCUCGACGGCAACCCCAGGCUCAAUCUAGCCUCCUUCGUCACCACUUGGAUGGAGCCCGAAUGUGAUAAGCUCAUUAUGGACUCUGUCAAUAAAAACUACGUCGACAUGGACGAAUACCCCGUCACUACCGAGCUUCAAAACCGUUGUGUCAACAUGAUUGCACAUCUCUUUAAUGCACCCUUAGGAGACUCUGACACCGCGGUUGGUGUCGGGACGGUGGGCUCGUCGGAGGCCAUCAUGUUGGCAGGGCUUGCCUUCAAGAGGAAGUGGCAGAACAAAAGGAAGGCGGAAGGGAAGCCUUAUGACAAACCAAAUAUUGUGACGGGUGCUAAUGUGCAAGUUUGUUGGGAGAAAUUUGCAAGAUACUUUGAGGUUGAGUUGAAGGAAGUUAAGGUGAGAGAAGGUUAUUACGUGAUGGACCCUGUUCAAGCCGCUGAGAUGGUGGAUGAGAACACUAUUUGUGUUGCUGCCAUUUUGGGGUCAACUUACAAUGGAGAAUUUGAAGACGUGAAGCUGUUGAACGAUUUGCUGGUGGAGAAGAAUAAGGUAAGUGGAUGGGAUACGCCUAUUCAUGUGGAUGCUGCCAGUGGUGGAUUCAUAGCCCCAUUUUUGUAUCCAGAGCUUGAAUGGGACUUCAGGCUUCCUUUGGUGAAGAGUAUCAAUGUGAGUGGCCAUAAGUAUGGGCUUGUCUAUGCUGGAAUUGGUUGGGUGAUCUGGAGAACCAAAGAAGAUUUGCCUGAAGAACUCAUUUUCCACAUCAAUUACCUUGGAGCGGAUCAACCCACUUUCACUCUCAACUUCUCCAAAGGAUCAAGCCAAAUCAUUGCUCAAUAUUAUCAACUAAUCCGGUUGGGUUACGAGGGAUACCGAAAUGUGAUGCAGAAUUGUCACGACAAUGCAAUGGUGUUGAAGGAAGGGCUUGAAAACACAGGGAGGUUCACCAUAGUGUCAAAGGACAUGGGAGUGCCAGUAGUGGCAUUUUCCCUCAAAGACCGAAGCCGCCACGAUGAGUUUGAGGUGUCAGAGAUGUUGAGGCGAUUCGGGUGGAUUGUCCCGGCUUAUCCAAUGCCAGAGGGAGCGAAGCACGUGUCGGUUCUUCGUGUGGUGAUUAGAGAAGAUUUCUCUCGCACGCUCGCGGAGAGACUUGUGCUCGAUAUCAUAAAGGUAUUGGCAGAGCUAGACACUCUUCCACCAAAGAAGAGUGAAAAAAUGGAGAGCUUGGAGAAUGGUAAAACGGAAACGAGUGGGAAGAAGAGUGCAGAGGAGACAGAGAGGGAAAUAGCAACUUAUUGGAGGAAUAUAACGAAUGCUAGGAAAAUCAAGCUUGCUGCUACUAUGGCUGGUCCUUCAGUUACGGUAGUUGCCAAAUAAGAAGAUCAUACCAUUGGAGAUUUGAUGGUAUUAGAUGGGAGUUUGAAGAAGAAGGUUGAAGCACACUACACUAAGUAUACGAAAAUAAAUUUCUUUCAUUAUUGUUGUUAUUAUUUUACAUUUUUUUUUACAAAAAAGUUUUGAUUGAAUUUUGAAGUUGUAUUGUAAUUUGUUGCUAAUUAAUUAAUAUGUUACCAUACUUGCUUUGACUUGACUACAUUUAUGUAAUGAGAUUUGAAAUUCAAAAAUAAAAUAGCAUUUUAUUAU